AUGUCCAAGCAAUCCAUCGCCAUGAUCGCCGCUCUGAGUGCCGGAGGCGGCGCUGCCCUUACCGCCGCCGUCUACUCGCUCCGCUCCAAGCCCGAACAAGCAUCACAACUCCAACAGCCACCGCAACAACAACUCCCACCCACCGCGACCCUCCCCGGCGCCUACCCGCAACCACCCCUCCCCUCCGCCCUCCCCACCGCCGGCCUCACCACGCCGGCCUCGCCCGUCAACCCGUCCGGCCUGUUCGAGUACGGCUUCCCCGGCCCCGUCGCCGACCUCGCCGCGCGCUCCGCCCUCGUCUCCAGCUACGACCGCCGCACGCGCAACCCGCACUGGGUCGCCGAGCACAUCACCCCCGCCUCCCUCGCCCUCCGCGAUGCCGACCGCAAGCACUCCUCCUUCCUCGAGGACCCCUCCGUCCCCGCCCACUUCCGCGCGCGCCUCGCCGACUACCACCGCAGCGGCUACGACCGCGGCCACCAGGUGCCCGCCGCCGACGCCAAGUGGUCCCAGCGCGCCAUGGACGACACCUUUUACCUGACCAACAUGUGCCCGCAGGUCGGCGAGGGCUUCAACCGCGACUACUGGGCGCACUUUGAGGACUUUUGCCGCCGCCUCACGCAGCGGUACCCGUCCGUCCGGGUCGUCACGGGCCCGCUCUACCUGCCCCGCAAGGACCCGGCCGACGGCAAGUGGUACGUCCGGUACGAGAUGAUUGGCAGCCCGCCGUCGGUGGCGGUGCCGACGCACUUUUACAAGGUCAUCUUCGCCGAGGACGGCAAGGGCGCGGGGGGCAACGUGGCGCUCGGCGCCUUCGUGCUGCCCAACGCGCCGAUCGACAACAACAAGCCGAUCACGGACUUUGAGGUCCCCGUGGAGGCGGUGGAGCGCGCGAGCGGGCUCGAGUUCGCGACCAAGCUGCCGCCGCAGCGCCGCAAGCGCCUCUGCGCGGAGACGACCUGCGCGCUGGUCAUCAAGGACUACGCAGAUCGGCAAAAGGCCUUUGCCAAGGGCGACGGCAAGCGUUCCCUCCCGCCUUCGCAAUAG